UCCAACACGCGCCAGUGUCUGGCGACAGAUCAUAUAGAUUUCUUGGAUCACAAUACAAAAAAAAUUCACGAAUUAUUAUCAAGUGCGACAAAAAUAGCUGUCAUUAUAUUAGUAAAGGUCUGUCCGACGACCAGGAAAAUUCGACUCGAUUUUCGUUGUGUCAGAGUCGAUGAGGAAAAUUUUCUGGUGCGCGGUCGUCACUAGUUGUACGUCUGGUCGACGGUGGCACGCUUUUCGCUAGUUUUCCACAGUGUUUCCGUUAAACAAGUGCAGCAAAGGGUGUUACCGUGCCGAUGCGAGGAUUUUUCUUUAUGGAUCUAAUGCGGUAUUACCUGAGGUGACGCAAAUGUUUAAGAUUCCAUGGUAUCAAGUACCUUGCUUAUGGAAAAAAGGACACAAAGACCAUGUUAAUAUCCUGAAACGAGGCUGUCACAUAGACUGACUUCGCCCGUUUUUAGGACAAACCCUUUCUACCAAAACAUGUCCUAAUAUGGGUCAGCAGUCUUGGAUGCUGGUUCGCAUGGCUACCAUAUUUUUUGUGACUAAUCAAACUCUAGCUUUAUCUGAUAUAUUCGAAGAGGGGAAAUCCGAUAAAGAGAUCCUGGAUAAUCUUCUUAAAGCAACACGUUACGACAAAAGACUCUUGCCGCCAGUUAGAGAAUCGUUAACCGUUAAUGUAAGCGUCUUACUGCUAAGUUUGGCUUCUCCAGACGAAUCUAGUUUGAAAUACGAAGUAGAAUUUUUACUGCAGCAGCAAUGGUAUGACCCAAGGCUAAAAUACUCGAAUCAAAGCCAAUACAAUUACUUAAAUGCCAUUCAUCACCACAGUGAUAUUUGGAUACCUGACACAUACUUUAUAAUGCACGGAGAUUUUAAGGACCCGAUCAUACCUAUGCAUUUUUCGCUAAGAAUUUAUAGAAACGGAAGCGUUAAUUAUCUUAUGAGGAGGCAUUUAAUCCUAUCCUGCCAGGGAAGCUUGAAUAUUUUUCCCUUCGAUGACCCAACGUGUACCUUUUCGAUGGAAAGUAUAUCUUAUGAGAUGACUGCGAUAAAAUAUGUAUGGAAAAACGGUGAAGACGUUUUACGAAAAUCCCCCAGUCUGAUGACUCUGAACGCUUAUCUCAUCAAUAAUUCAACGCUGGUGUGUCCCAUCAAAUCUAGUUGGAGAGGAAACUACAGCUGUCUAAUGGUAGAACUAAUAUUUACCAGAGAUCGAGCCUUUUAUUUUACGACAGUAUUCAUACCUGGUAUAAUAUUAGUUACAUCAUCGUUCAUAACCUUUUGGUUAGAAUGGAAUGCAGUACCUGCUAGAGUUAUGAUUGGUGUAACUACAAUGCUCAAUUUUUUCACAACGUCGAACGGAUUUCGAUCUACGUUACCGGUAGUGUCUAAUUUGACGGCAAUGAACGUUUGGGACGGUGUCUGCAUGUGUUUCAUUUACGCUUCCCUUCUAGAGUUCGUCUGCGUGAAUUACGUGGGGAGGAAGAGGCCGUUACAUAAUAUAGUUUAUAAGCCGGCAGAAAAUAUUCUGACACAGACAUUUAACUUGGCGGCCAUCAUGUUAGCCCUUCGCCAUUUGACUGGGGUAACUAGUGAGCAAGGCAACAAAAAAAGAGAAUCAAUGCCUAUGGUUCCUAACGAAAUCAUAACUUGCACCAAUUGUGGACCAAAUCCUUGUACACAUACUGCAAAUAAUGGAUGUCCAGAGGUGUCUUUUUUGCAGGUGAGGAAAAAAGAACCUCCGCAUCCGAUACGAGUCGCAAAGACCAUUGACGUCAUCGCCAGAAUAACAUUUCCGACAGCCUUUGCAAUUUUUCUUAUAUUUUUCUUUUACCACUACAAGAGCUUCACAAACAUCACGCAUGAGGAUUAAGAUUUUUAAGUACUUAAAUCAAAUAUUUUAUUCGAGGGUGGUGCGUGCUUCUAAGUAAAGUGAGAAGUGGUACCUACGUUUCUUUCCGAAGAUUCGGUUGAGUGUAAGCGGUUUUAAUCAAUUAAUAAUUCACUAAGUUUAGCGAAAAAAAGUAGGUCCCAGUCGACCUGUCGGAAAAUAUACUAAAAUACAAAAAUACCAGAAGGUUCCAAAAAAACGGAUCCAACCAUCUCUAUUUCAUCAGCAUUCUGAAUGACCUUGGAUAAAUUCUCGAACACUGCGCAGCGCAGUGAUUUCGAGAACAUGGUUAGAGUUGGACAGUCAUACGGUUGAGUUACGAAAUAACUUUAUUCUUUACAAUAUAUAAAUAAUAGUAAAAAGAUUCACAGCUGCCUAUCUCCGCAGUUAUGUAACACAGACGGGGCGGCGUACGUCGACUGAACCCCCGCUGAGAUGUCGAUAGCGACGCAUCCCUUACUAUAUUUUGAUGCUGUGACACACACCAGACGCUCUUAAAAUUUUCGAUGCAGCGGUUCUCUGGCGACAUAUCCUGGAACCCAUCCACCGCCAAUCGGUUUUAUGACUUCGACGGCAUAUCAUAAAUGCGUGUAUCGUGGUGCAACACAGACGAUUGAGCGGUUCUUUGGCGUUUCUUGUUGUGGGUGGUGCCAAAUCUUGUUUAAUGAUGGAAAUUACAGACUCGAACUAUAUUUUUACUUGAAUUCUUUACUCCCAUAUCAAAUUAUUUUUAUAUGGGACUCAUCGUAUUCUUAUUUUUUUAUCUUAUAGCUUAAAGGGCGACUUAAUUAGGUACAUUUUUAUCUGGAAAAAAAGUAAGCUACUAAACAAAUUAUUUUUCAAACUCUUUGAAACUAAUUUCACAAACAGUCAAACAGAAUUAUCAAAUCUGUAACCAUUGACCAGUUUGAAUUGACUUGAGUUAUUUGUCAGAAGGAUUGACUUUAAUAAAAAUAAAAUUAUUGACUCCAUAAAAAUAAAGAUAAUAAACAGUUAUCUUACCUUAUUUAUUAUGCUCUACAGGCCUUGUAUUUACAAUUUUACAUAAUAAAGUUUAUACUACUAACUUAUUAUAUAAUUUUAUUUGAUGUAUAUUAUGUAAACAUUGCUGAACUAUGGUUCUCCUAUUUUUCGCCUUCUCUUUCCAGUCUAUAAUUUCCAUUGAUACUAUUAUAUUCCUGAAACUUUCUUGCAGUCUUUUUCUUGGUCUACCUCGUCUCCUAGUCCCAACUGGUCUUCUUAGCAGUACCAUCUUUGACAUUCUUUCCUUAUCCAUCCCCUCGACAUGACCUGCCCACCUGAUUCUUUAUGACUUUGUGUAUCAUUAUUAUACUUGGUCCCUUGUAAAGCAUCCUUAAUUCUUGAUUGGUGCUUCUAUGCCAGCCGUCUUCUGUAUCUGUAUUCUUUCUUCUUUCCCCUGAAAACAGCUCUAAGUACGUUCCGUUCUCAACUCUCUAUCAUUUCUUCAUCUGUUUUAUUUAGCACCCAUGUCUCACAUCCGUAGGUGACUGUUGCUCUUAUUACGGUUUUGUAUAUUCUGGUUUUCGUCUUCCUUGAUACGUACUUUGACUUUAUUUUGAAUAAUUUUUUUGUUAAUAAAUUUGUGAAACAUCACUAUUUCCCAAUUAAUGGGUUGACAGCCUCUUACGAGUUAUAAAUAGUUUUUCCUAUGUGAUAUGCUUUCCCUCAUAACGGUGUUAUUUCUUGAACAUUACUCUUUAAUACUUACUAAUAACUCCUGAAAAGAUUUUUUAGACAUUCUUGUAAAAUUAAAAAAACUUCUCUGGGUCUUUAUUAUAUUAAUUUCGUUAUAUAAUGUGUAAAAAAUCCCUUAUACUUUCGUCCCUUUAUGAUAGGAUGUAUCCAAUAUCUGCGUUUCUUUUUUUCUUUAAUCUAAGAUAAAGUAAACUUGUAUUUAUUACAAAAGACAAAUCGUCAUAACUUUCAGACAUCGUGUCGUACAGCAGCCAACACGCGACUAAAUUUGGCAACAACGAAAUACAAAUACUUUAAAUCGUAGCAUAGCUGCCGCUGUUACACCGCGCCAUGUGUUUUAAGCUGCCUCGACGUCGAAUCGACGUGCGCCGCCUGGUGUGUCCUUGUGUGUCCUGGUGUUGUCCUUAGAGGUAAAUAUAUUAUUAUUAUCUCUCUUCCUCUCAGAUUAUCUAUUUGUUUACAUUUAUUUUAACUAAUCUUCUGAUAGAAGAAACGUUAAAGAUCUUCGAAAAAAAUGAUUAGAAUGAUUAUGGGACCCAAAAGAAUCAACCAAGAACGAAAUAAGAUUGUUAGUGUUCGCAAUUAAAACUGGAUCAAGGAUGUCUGAGGGAUUUAAUGUCACGAAAGGAUUGAAGCAGGGACACCCUUUUCAAAAUUUAUCUGGAACAAGCACUUAAGCUGUGGAAAAGAAAAUGUAAUGGCGUGGGAACCGCUCUCAAUGAUGAGACCAAAUUCUGAUUGCGCAGGAUCAUGACGACUUUAGUUACAUGAUAAGGAAGCUAAUAGAAGAAUAUAACAAAUGAGGUCUCGAAGUCAACAUUAACCUUCCGUGACUAACAUUGGGUCUGUAAGACGGACCACUUAGAGUUUUUACUAUUAUAUCCAAAUUGUUCGUUAUGUAUCUUCGCCGCCAUUAGUAGCUGCCUGAUUCAGGUGUCUGUUUUUAGUGUUGAAGUUUGAGUCUUUAAUAUGAAGUGAUUAUGCAAUUAUCGGCAAUUUUAUAUAAAAUUUUUUCUCAGAGACCGAUGUUGGACGUCACAUAUUCGAUGAAAAAAAUAUUUAUAUUAUCGAAACAACAUGCGAACAAGUGCUGAUAAUUUAGUAAUCAAAUUGCCAGAAGUAAAAGGUGAAGCUAGGUACAAAAAAAAGGCAGUGGAAAAAUUAAGCUUGUUUUUCACAAAUGAGAUGUUGUAUAAUUGUCUUUAUUUUCAUUGGUAUUUUGUUAAUGUUUAAGAGGAUUAAUAAAUUAAAAAUAGGUAUAAAUCUGGUUUAAUUACACUCCUUCAAGGAGUAAACACAACACUACACUUGAAAGUAUGUCAAUGAAAACAUUUUUUUAUGUAGGUCUCUGAGACGGAUCUUAGCUUUAAUGUUCAGAAAACCUAUGUUAGUUGCGGAAGGUUAAGAAAACUGAAGUCAUGUGUAUUGGAGAGAAAAAGCAGUCCAUUACAUUAGAGGAUGGGGUAGAAAUUAAACACUGUGAUGAAUACAAGUACCUGGGCAUGAAAAUUUAUCAAGAUGGAACACUCGAUGCUGCAAUAAAAGACAAAAAUAUACAGGGUAGAAAAGCCAAAUCCAUGAUAAACGGAAUUUUGUGGGACCAACCAAUAUCUAAAGCGAAACAAACAGCUCAUAUAGAAUACUAUACUUAAAAGUAUAAUUACAUAUGGAAGUGAAAUUUGACCACUGAAGCAAAGAACAGAGAAAAUGUUACUAGUAACAAAAAUGGACUUCUAGAGAAGAGCAGCAGGCACAUCAAAAACAGAUCGGAUACCAAAUGAGAGAAUACGAGAAAUUAUGGGAGUCACACAAUUAAUUGAUGGCAUAAAAACAAAACAGCUCAUUACAGAGAUUGCCAGAUGACAGGAUCCCUAAACAGAUUUUGACGUGGACACCACAAGAGAGAAGGAAAAGAGGAAGGCCGAGAAGAAACUGGAGGAAGGAAUUGAAAUAGAACUAGAAGAAAGAGAAAUCCCUACAGGUCUAUGGCUAAAAGAAAAGAAUGGCGGUUAGGAGUCGGAAGGCGUCGGAGAACUCUGUAAACCGAUAGUAGUAGCAGUAUGUUUGCAAGUAAUGUAAUAUAAUCGCAUGUUCAGCUGAUGAUUGCACAGUAUAGAUCUAAGUUUCAUAAAUGCUCUUCUUGCAAUUUCUAUACGAGUUUUAAUUUCAUCAGGAUUUAGUGUUUAAAAUGGUUAACUUUUGUAAUCGGCUCAUUGUUGACAAUUAGUUGCAUAUGACCAAUCAAUAUCUUGUUUACUAACCAUAAGUAACAUUGUCUUUGAUGUGUAUGAUUGCUUGUUAUUGGAGCAUUCUCUAGUGACUCGAUCUAUAAGGAACUCAAGAUCUUCACUGCUUUCGGCCAUACUCGCUGUGCCAUCUGCAUAUCUAAUGCUGUUAUUAGUUUCUCCCCGAAUUCGAACUACAAAUUACCCUUCCAAGGCUUCGUUAAAUAUUAUUUCAGAGUACACGUUAAACGUUGAUAUCCAACCUUUGUUGCUUAUCAACCAUGUUGAUAUCCAACCUUCAAUAAAAGAUGGAACCUGAAAAAUAAAGGUGUUAAACAAAGUCAGGAAUAACAUACAACCUUAUCUGACACCUCUUUGCUCUUUGAAUGAAAAUUGUGUCUGUUUGCAGUGUACCAGAACAGAAGCUUUGUUAAAUAUUAUUUCAGAGUACACGUUAAACGUUGAUAUCUAACCUUGGUUGCUUAUCAACCAUUUUGAUAUCCAACCUUCGAUAAAAGAUGGAACCUGAAAAAGAAGAUGUUAAACAAAGUCGGGAAUAACAUACAACCUUAUCUGACACCUCUUUGAAUGAAAAUUGUGUUUGUUUCUUUGCAGUUUACCAGAAUAGAAGCUUCUUGAUUCCAAUGUAGAUGUUGUGAGGGUAUCAGAUCUUUUUAUCAUGUUGGACCCUAUCAAACGCCUUCUUAAAGUCUAUGAAUCAAACGUAAAAUGGUUUUUCCCAUUGCUACUUAAUUCUAUUAAGAGUUAUCUUGAGAAUCAGUUUGAGAGAGUUAUUGAUGACAUUAAUUAGAGUAAAAGUCUUCACGUGGUGAUGUAUUAGGUUUUUUUUUGGAAGUGGGAUAAAUGUACCAUGUGGGACUCAAACCACAUUUGUGGCAUUAUUUAAGUUUCGGAUGUGUAGUUAGUUUCUAACAAAAAGUGUACAAAUAUUGGCAUUUGCAGAUGAUGUUGAUAUCAUAGCUAGAAGCAAAAGAGAAAUGAUAGAAGCAUUUAAUGCGAUAGAAUGAGCGGAAGAAAACAAUGGCCUAAAUAUUAAUGAAAUAAAAACCAAAUACAUGAAGGCCAGCAAAUCGACAGGCCAAAUAAACCUACAGAACAUAACCUACUAUAACAUCGAAAGCGUAAAUUUUUUACAUAUCUAGGUUCACUAGUUACCGCAGAUAACAAUGUCAGCGAAGAAGUUAAGAGAAGAAUACAUAUUGCUAAUAAAACAUAUAAUGGACUACUUAAACAUCUAAGAUCUAACAACAUCACGAGAAAAACCAAAUGCAAAAUAUACAAAACCCUGAUAAAACCGGUCCUUAUAUAUGGAUCAGAGACAUGGACACUGUCGAAAAGCGAUGAGAAAUUAUUAGGUACGUUUGAACGAAAAAUCCUCAGACACGUAUAUAAGGGGGUGAAAGAAAAUGAUGUAUGGCGCAGAAGAUAUAAUUUUGAACUAUACGCAGCAUACAACGAACCCGACGUCAUAGCAUCCAUAAAGAUCGGACGUCUGUGCUGGAUGGGUCAUGUUAAACGGAUAUUGGAGACCGAAACACCAAAACAUAUAAUGAGGCAAACACCAGUAGGGAGAAGGUCAAAGGGAAGACCCAAACUUAGAUACAUGGAACAAGUGGAACAAGACCUGAAAACACUUGAGAUUACCCACUGGAAGAACAAAGCAAGGGACAGAACAGAAUGGCGGAAAAUCCUAGAACAAGCCAGGACCCAAAAAGGGUUGUCGAGUUACUGAUGAUGAUGCUGAUGUGUAGUUAUAAAUAUUUGUUAGUUCUGCGACAUUGUCGUCAUCUACAUAGAAGUCACCCAAACACCAAGGCGAAAGAAUAAUCGCUGCUUAUUCUGGAUAAAAGUUGACGGAAUCGAUAACUACUCGAUUCGUCGAGGAACGGGAAGCGCCCGAUCAAUACUUGGUAGCUUCAACUCUCGGAGCUGUUGGUGAAGUCUUUACCAGAUCAGUACUCUGGUAGAACUUGGUUCUCUCUUGCGGCGGACGUCGUUUUAUAUCUUUGCCGGUACUCCAUCUCUAGCGCGCAUUGAUGGUAGUGGAAGCUUCUUUGUUAAAACUGUCCAAAAAUCUUAGUGGUUGAAUUGUUAAACUCUUUACACUCAAAAUCUUUAAUUGUUGAACUAUUUUCGUCGCGCAUCUUGUAGCAAGAACUUCGUUUACCUUCGUAAAACUAAAAAUUCUUGCCGUUCGGCUCACCAAACGCACCGCCCUUGACUUUAUUAAAUUAUUAUAUUUAAUAGUUACUAGUUCAUAUUGAAACUUUGUUAAGCGAUUGUGAUAAGCUAAGGCCAGAUUGCCUAUAUUAUUUAUUGUAAAAAGAUAAAUUUUAGAAAUUUAAAAAUAAGCAUGAAUUUUCUGUAAUUAUUGUCAAUUUUUAAUAGUCGAUAUCUCGUCAAAUGAAGUGGUCCAACAAACCCUGUCUUUAUCAAAUCAACAGAAUAAGUAAUAAAAUAAAAGUGAAAAGGUAAGUAUUUCAACCAAAAGUAUACAACCACCAGAACCUGAGAAGGAACUAUCUUUUCUUGUAGAAAUUUUGACGUUCAGAAUACCUAUCAUUCUAGAAACUGUUACGUAACUGCUCGAGAGCACACAGUUGAAGUGUCUCUUAACAGACAGCUAUAUAAGAGUCGUAAAGACCAUUGACGUCAUCACCAGAAAAACAUUUCCUACAGCCUUUGCAAUGUUUCUUAUAUUUUCCUUUUACCACUACAAAAGCUUCACAAACAUCACGCAUGAGGAUUAAGAUUUUUAAGUACUUAAAUCAAAUAUUUUAUUCAAGGGGUUGUGCGUGCUUUUAACUAAAGUGAGAAGUACUACUCGUAUCUGUUUAUUUCAGAAGAUUCGGUUGAGUGUAAGCGGUUUAAAUCAAUUCUUAAUCCACUAGGUGUAUUACUAGCUGCUUCUUUAAUCGCAAAAAAAGUAGGCCCCAGUCAACCCGUCGGAUAGUUGAUUCUAUUAUAAAAUCUACAGUGUUUAAAUUUCACGUCUUAAAUUCCGACACAUGUAAAUGUCAUAAAAAACCUCUUUAAGGUAUCGUCAACAGUGGCGUUAUACGAAUGUGGGUACUUCCGUUAGAUAUGUACAAGAGCAUAAAAAGUUUCACAACAGCCUGUCGUGCAAAUAUAUUGCAGCAGUUAUAAUAUAUAGUAUUACCAUCUUCCUUUCUCUUACAUUAUCUUUGUCUUGACAUUUGUUUAGAAAUUACAGAAAUUAUCAGAACAUGUAAGCAGAAAUGUACCUAAUGGAAAAACCAGCGAACUGAUCUACCACGGCAAACAAACCUGAAAGAUGUAGGCUAGGUGCUUGUAGAAGCUUUGUAGUAGGUUUAUUUAUUUCUUGCGGGCAUUGCUAUAAUGUCUUCAGCCAUGUGGAACUCCAACUAUAUUUGUGACGUUACUCCAGUUGCGUAUGUUUGGAUAGUUAUAAAUAUUUGUUAGUUCGGAGACAUUGUCGUCAUCUAGAAGUCACCCAAAUACCAAGGGAAAAGAAUAAUCACAAUUUAUUGUGGGUUAGAGGUGGCCGAAUCGAUCACUGCUCGAUCCACCAAGGAACGGGAAGCGACAAAUCAAUACUUGGUAGCUGAACUCUUGGAUCUGUUGGUGAAGUCCUUACCAGAUCAGUCCUCUGGUAGAACUUGGUUCUCUCUUGCGGCGGACGUCUUUUCAGAUCAUUGCCGGUGCUCCAUCUCUAGCACCCAUUGAUGAUAGUGGAAACUUUUUUAUUAAAACUCUCCUAAAAGCUUAGUGGUUGGAUUGUUAAACUGUUUACACUCGAAAUCUUCAAUUGUUGAACUAUUUUCGUCGCGCAUCUUGUAGCAAGUACUUCGUUUACCUUCGUAAAACUAAAAACUCUUGCCGUUCGGCUCACCAAACGCACCGCCCUUGACUUUAUUAAAUCACUAUAUUUAAUAGUUACUAGUUCAUAUUGAAACUUUGUUAAGCGAUUGUGAUAUACUAAGGCCAGGUUGCCUAUAUUAUUUAUUGUAAAAAGAUAAAUUUUAGAAAUUUAAAAAUAAGCAUAAAUUUUCUGUAAUUAUUGUCAAUUUUUAAUAGUCGAUAUCUCGUCAAAUGAAGUGGUCCAACAAACCCUGUCUUUAUCAAAUCAACAGAAUAAGUAAUAAAAUAAAAGUGAAAAGGUAAGUAUUUCAACCAACAGUAUACAACUACCAGUAGGAACUAUCUUUUCUUGUAGAAAUUUUGACGUUCAGAACACCUAUCAUUCUUGAAACUGCUACACAACUGCUCGAGAGCACACAGUUGAACUAUCUCUUAACAGACAGUUCUAUAAGAGUCGUAAAGACCAUUGACGUCAUCAACAGAAAAACAUUUACUACAGCCUUUGCAAUGUUUUUUAUAUUUUCCUCUUACCACUACAAGGGCUUCACAAACAUCACGCAUGAGGAUUAGGAUUUUUAAGUACUUAAAUCAAAUAUUUUAUUCGAGGGUGGUGCGUGCUUUUAAUUAAAGUGAGAAGUAGUACACGUAUCUAUGUUUAUUUCAGAAGAUUCGGUUGAGUGUAAGCGGUUUUAAUCAAUUCUUAAUCCACUAAAUGUAUUACUAGCUGCUUCUUUAAUCGCAGAAAAAGUAGGCCCCAGUCAACCCGUCGGAUAGUUGAUUCUAUUAUGAAAUCAACAGUGUUUAAAGUUCACGUCUUAAAUUCGCGACACAUGUAAAUGUCAUAAAAAAACUUCUUUAAGGUCCCGUCAACAGUGGCGUUAUACGAAUGAGGGUACUUCCGUUACAUAUGUACAAGUGCAUAAAAAGUUUCACAGCAGCCUGUCGUGCAAAUAUAUCGCAGCAGUUAUAAUAUAGUAUUACUAUCUUCCUUUAGCUUACAUUAUCUCUGUCUUGACAUUUAUUUAGAAAUUACAGAAAUUAUCAGAACAUGUAAGCAGAAAUGUACCUAAUGGAAAAACCAGUGAACUGAUCUACAACGGCAACCAAACCUGAAAGUUGUAGGCUAGAUUCUUGUAGAAGCUUUGUAGUAGGUUUAUUUAUUUCUUGCGGGUAUUGCUAUAAUAUCUUCAGCCAUGUGGGACUCCAACUAGAUUUGUGGCGUUACUCCAGUUGCGUAUGUUUGGAUAGUUAUAAAUAUUUGUUAGUUUGGAGACAUUGUCGUCAUCUAGAAGUCACCCAAAUACUAAGAAGAAAGAAUAAUCAAUACUUAUUCUGGGUUAGAAGUGGCUGAGUUGGUCAGUGUUGGAUCCGUCAAAGAACGAGAAGCGACCAAUCAAUACUUGGUAGCUUGAACUCUCGGGGCUAUUGGUGAAGUUUUAACCAGAUCAGUACUCUGGUAGAACGCGAUUCUAUCUUGCGGCGGACUUCAUUUUAUAUCGUUACCGGUGCUCCAUCUCUAGUGCGCAUGGAUGGUAGUAGAAGAAUUUUUUGAUAUUUUGUUAAAACUCUCAAAAAAUACUUAGUAGUUGAAUUGUUAAACUGUUUACACUCAAAAUCUUUAAUUGUUGAACUAUUUUCGUGGCGCAUCUUGUAGCAAGAACUUUGUUUACCUUCGUAAAACUAAAAAAUCUCGCCGUUCGGCUCACCAAACGCACCGCCCUUGACUUUAUUAAAUUAUUAUAUUUAAUAGUUACUAGUUCAUAUUGAAACUUUGUUAAGCGAUUGUGAUAAGCUAAGGCCAGAUUGCCUAUAUUAUUUAUUGUAAAAAGAUAAAUUUUAGAAAUUUAAAAAUAAGCAUGAAUUUUCUGUAA